AUGUCUUACAAGUUAAAACUCUUGGGCUAUAUUUUCUAUCAAGGCGUAACCGAUUUCUGUUAAUCUUGUUUUAGGAGUGUUUGAUUUUUGUGUGUGUAGCGAUGGCGAUGAGUUUGCCGCAUCAGAUCGGAGCGAUUUCUGGAUCUCCUUUGCCUGCGGAUUCGGGGACGAUUUCCGGCGAGGCGCCGUCGUCGGCAACCGUCAGCGCGGUGUGGAGGCCUCCGGCGGCGACGAAUUUGCGUGUUUCGGUGCGCAGGAGUGGCGCGGAGAUCGACCGCGUGUCUCCUUCGCCGCCGAUGAGUCCGGUGCGCGGCGGCGUGAGGGCGGACUUGUCGGUUGCGGCUCAGGCGCUGGUGUCGGAGGCGGUUACGAGCGAGGAUUUGAAGGAUAAGGAGUACGCCGUGGGUAGAGGCGUGGCGCCUGUUAAGGAGAAGAAAGGUGUGCCGGUGUACGUCAUGAUGCCGCUGGAUAGCGUGACGUGGAAUCACACGGUGAAUCGGAAAAAGGCAAUGAACGCGAGCCUGCAGGCGCUGAAGAGUGCUGGCGUGGAGGGGAUAAUGAUGGACGUGUGGUGGGGAUUGGUGGAGGGUGAGAACCCUGGCGAGUAUAAUUGGGGCGGAUAUUCGGACCUCCUAGAGAUGGCCAAAAAGCACGGCCUAAAAGUCCAGGCGGUGAUGUCGUUCCAUCAGUGCGGCGGAAAUGUUGGGGAUUCCUGCACAAUUCCUCUGCCGAAAUGGGUAGUUGAGGAGAUCGACAAGGACCCUGAUCUUGCCUACACAGACCAGUGGGGCAGGAGGAACUAUGAAUACCUUUCACUUGGAUGUGAUACCCUCCCAGUGCUCAAGGGGAGAACCCCUGUCCAGUGUUACUCAGAUUUCAUGAGGGCAUUCAGAGACACAUUUCAGCAUCUUCUUGGGGAUACCAUUGUAGAAAUUCAAGUCGGCAUGGGUCCAGCCGGUGAGCUUCGCUACCCAUCGUAUCCCGAGCAAAACGGUACCUGGAAAUUCCCUGGAAUCGGCGCCUUCCAAUGCUUCGACAAGUACAUGGUGAGCAGCUUGAAAGCAUCUGCGGAAGCUUCGGGCAAACCUGAGUGGGGACACACCGGCCCGACUGAUGCCGGCCACUACAACAACUGGCCGGAAGACACCAACUUCUUCAAGAAAGAAGGCGGGGGAUGGAACUCCCCGUACGGCGAGUUUUUCCUCUCGUGGUACUCCCAGAUGCUCCUCGACCACGGCGAGAGGAUCCUCCAAUCCGCCAAGACCAUAUUCCACGACACCGGCGUUAAAAUCUCAGUCAAAAUUGCCGGCAUCCACUGGCACUACGGGACACGGUCCCACGCCCCCGAGCUCACCGCCGGCUACUACAACACCCGCUACCGCAACGGCUACCUCCCGAUCGCCCAAAUGUUGGCCCGCCACGGCGCCGUAUUCAACUUCACCUGCAUCGAGAUGAGGGACCACGAGCAGCCGCAGGAUGCACAGUGUAUGCCGGAGAAGCUCGUGAGGCAGGUGGUUUCGGCCACGCAGGAGGCCAAAGUCCCCCUGGCCGGGGAGAAUGCGCUGCCGAGAUACGACGACUACGCCCACGAGCAGAUCUUGAGGACUGCUGCACUGGAUGCCGGAGAGGGGGAGAUGUGCGCUUUCACGUACCUGAGGAUGAACCCGGAUCUGUUCCAGCCGGAGAACUGGCGGCGGUUUGUGGCGUUCGUGAAGAAGAUGAGGGAAGGGAAGGAUGCGCACAAGUGCUGGGAGGAGGUGGAGAGGGAGGCCGAGCAUUUUGUGCACGUGACGCAGCCGUUGGUGCAGGAAGCUGCGGUUGCUCUUAUGCAUUAGGUGCUGAGGAUGGAAAUAAGACACGCCUAAAAAGCUUGUGGUAACUACUAAUGAGUACGAUGAACAAGUGUCUGUGUGUGUAGUUGUAUUUUGUGGUGUUGUGUGGAUCUUUAAUUGUAAUGUAAUGUAAUGUGAUGUUGUAGUGUGUGGUAGAAUUAUAGGUAUCUGUCUGUUUGUAUUGUUUCGUUUUGAUUACCGACUGCUACCAUCGAGGCGUGUUUUUGGCCUUGAUGACGAACGAACUGGGGACAAAUGUUAUCCUUGUAUUUGUAUUAUUGUUUGUAUAAAUUUAGAAUUCUGAAA